AUGUCGCCAGGAUCAUCAUCCACCCCCGUUGCCCCAGGCUCGAGUUCCUCUCCCUCAGGUUCGAGCAAAAGGGAUCGCAUCAACACGGAAGAAGACCAAUUGGCGCGAGCCCAAGACGACCGGAGCCAAAAGCGCACUCGAGUGCGUCAAGCAUGCAACCGCUGCAAAGCUCGCAAGAUCAAAUGCGGUGACCUUCGACCCUGCAAGAACUGCACCAGUCUGGGCCUGGUCUGCCGAGACUGGCGCCCCGGGGAGGAUCCGUACGACCAGCCUGCCUUUGCUCACCCUGCUGCCUCAUCUUCGUCGACCCUCCCGAACGAGCUCGCGGACACUUGGCCAUCUGCAGACUAUCAAUUCCGAGCGCAGGGCGGUGCUGCAAGGGAUAGCUUCGAUUCGCAUCAGGGUCGCACCAGCCGAUCAGUCGAUCGAGACGGCAGGGCUGAACGAUCCGGCUCGGCCAUCCCGUGGCCCAACACGCCGUACGAAAGAUCCAGUCAUACCGUCGCUUGGCCUCCGAAGCCCGAUCCGACACGUCACAGGUACCUCGCCUAUCCUUAUGACUCCAUCUACCGCAACGAGUUCGGUCACCUCAAAGCUCUCUCUCUGUCUUCGGGACUCGGCACGCUCUCCUACCUUCACGAGUAUCAUAAAUUAGCCAACGAGCAAUUCCUCGAUGCGCUGUGGCAAGUGCUCGAAGGGGAGAAUCAGGAUGGCGUCAACAUGCAAAUGUUUGCGCUCGAAAACGAGAGUUUCUCCCCUCAUUCUCACGGCAGUCAUAUCAGCACGGGUCUUGGCGCACCAACAGGAGCAUUCCCGGAUUCCCUCGCUGCCGACUGGUCGUUGGGCGGCGCUCCGUCGCUCAAUGUCCCUUUCACGUUCGACGCGGCCGCCGGUCCGACACCGGAACGGUUUCCAUCGAUGCAGAUCCCCACCAAGCCCACCCUUUCCGUCGCCAGCAGCUCCUCCGCCGAGACAUCUCCGGCAAAUGCUGCUUCAGGAUUGAGUGAUGUACGUCGUGGCCGCUCUCUCAGCUCCACCCUCGCCUCCAGCACAACCAAAAAGGACGACAACGGCCUUCUCACGUCCAACCAAAACAAACCUGCCAAAACCUAUCUGGAGGCAGGACCACCACCCGAAGACCUCUGGGCCUUCAUGGGGUCCAAAAUCCCGCAGCAACAUCGACGCUCUCUCCUUCACACUUUCUUGUCCACCACCUACGUGCUCUGGCCAACUUUCAUUCUCUCCGAGUUCCUUGCCACCCUCAAGGCCGAAAAUGAAAGACAGAAUCCCACCUUCGUCUGCCUUGUCAUUGCUUGCUGUGCCGUAGCUGCUCGUCAGGAGGCGGGCAGCGUCAAAGGCGGUCUCGCAGCCGAAUGGGGCCGAGACUUUGGCUUCUUCGAGCUCUACCUCGAUAUCCGCAGACUGGCUCCAAGAAACACGGACUGGGCCAGCCUCAACCACAUUCAAGCUCUGUUCUACUUGUCUCACUACUGCUUCGGCGCCUCCGGUCCAUUUGGAGUCACCAGAGCUCAUUACCUUAUGAAUGGCUGCGUCUCAAAAUGCUUCGACGUCGGCCUCCAUCGAUCCGCCGAAACCUAUACGGACGCCUUCACACCUUCCGAAAUCGAAGCUCGGCGCCGCACGGUCUGGGCUGUCUACUGUGGCGACAAGAUCUCGGCUGCCUACGGACGUCCGGUCAUGCUCCGUCUCUCUGACAUGGAUGUUCCCGAACUCGACGUCGACUCGGACGAGUACACUGAAAGAUUGCCCGCUGCAACCUCUUUCGAUCGCGCUUGCACGAUGAGACCAUGGCAUCGAGCUGCUGUUCGCUUGUUCUGCGUCCUCGAACGUGUCAUCGACAAGAUCAAUCUGCCCGCAUGCAGUGCUUCGGCUGCUCUAGAGCGAGUCAUGCGCAAGAAGCCUAAGCGACCUAGGCAAUCCGAGAAUCACGAUGACAGCUGCAUGGCCGAUCAUGAAGCCAUCGGCUUUGAUGAGGAGCUCGAGCUUGUGGACGACUUCCGCUUUGCCGAUACUCCCACGCCCACGUCCGCACACGAGGACGACCCGAUGUAUCAAGCACACGUUGAGAGACUUCGUACCACAGCUGCCUUCAUCAAGAUUUUCAUCUAUAGACACCUCUUCGCCGCCGCGGCCAACUGCCAUCUGUCGCGCCAGCCGCCUAGAAUUGAUUAUCGCGACGAGAUGGUCAAAUGGUGUCGCGAACUGCUGCUCUCACAGCGCAAAAUGAUCCAGCGUGGCGACUACACUGACUUCGGCUCGGUCAUGUCCUACCAGCUCAGUCAGACAGGCCGUGGUCUUAUUCCCGCGAUCUACAUCAGCUCGCGACUCAUGGACACAUCCCAAGAUCCCAACUCAAGUGCCAUCAUCAAGGAAGCGCAAGAGCUUCUUGUUCUGGCCUAUGAUCUGCUCCGACAGCUCUCCACUCGCUUCACAGCGUCGCAUCGACAGCUACAGAUCAUGCAGUCCGCUUUCAAACGACUCGAUCUCAGUCUCAAGCGGAGACAUCACAAGGGCGGAUCGUCGGCGGCACACGAUGCUUCCUCGCAUCAACACGGCGGCUCAGAUCGAGCGGGCACGCACGGUACCGCAGCAGCCAGUUCGGAGAAGGAAUUGACGAGCGGCCUGGAUCUGAUCGCCGGUGUCGCCGGUGCAGAGCUACUCGGCGGCGAAGGGCUGGGAGAGUCGACGGCAAGCAACGAGGAGGAGGACGAGUUCGAAGAUGACCUCGACCGAGACAAGGGAUGGAUUUCUGAUCUGCCCAUCAACCAACCAGCGGAGAAGACCGCACCUCAUCCAGUCAGCGCCUUUGUUGGAUGGCCACCAGCACCUCCCUCAGGUCAGGAGUGA